AUGAAUCGUGAUUGGAUGUAUGUUGAAAAUCGAACUCAACCCGAGUUCAUGAACGGGAUUGAGGAAUUUUGUAGAACUGCUAUUAAACACCAGAGGACUACUAAAGGAGAAACAAUCUUUUUCCCUUGUCGUGAUUGCAACAAUGUGAAGAAGUGGAAGGAAAUUAGUGUGGUUGAAAACCAUUUAUUUCGCCGUGGGUUCAUGGCAAAUUAUACCAUUUGGUAUUGGCACGGUGAGAAAAUAAUUCCUACAACUAGUAGGUCAUCAAUCAAUGAUGCUGAUAUAGAGAAUAGAAAACAAUAUGAUGAUAAUGAAAGGGAUACCGAUGAUUUUUUAGAGGAGGAUCACAUUCCUGAGAUGAUGGAUGGUUUAGGUGAUCAUGUGAAUGAAGAAUCUCGUAUGUUUGAAAAUGUGUCAGAGGCCGCCAAGACACCUUUAUAUCCUGGAUGUGCAAAGUACUCUAUGCUUUCAGGGGUUUUAACAUUAUUUAACUUGAAAGCAAAGAACGGUUGGACCGAUACAAGUUUCAAUUCGUUGUUAGAAACUUUAUCAAACAUGCUUCCUGAAGGGAAUGACAUUCCUAAGUCUACCUACUAUGAAAAGAAGCUAUUGUGUCCCUUAGGUAUUGAGUGCACGAAGAUCGAUGCAUGUCGUAAUGAUUGUGUACUUUUUCGAAAUGAGUAUGAAAACCUUGAUGCUUGUCUAAAGUGCGGUGUUGAUUGCUACAAGCGCGAGGGUUCAAACCCCAAUCGCAAGAAGUGGCCACCAGCUAAGGUGUUAUGGUAUCUGCCUAUAAUACUGAGGUUUAAACGACUUUUUUCUAUCAAGAAGGAUGCAAAAAACUUGGUGUGGCAUGCAUAA